CUUACACAGUCCAUUUGGAUGGGUGUGAUGACACGGAAAACAGCACAUUUUAUUAGUCUCCCCAAAUCUUGAGGAAGAGAUGCUUCCGUGGUCCAACUAUCUCAGACAGAGCCUAUAUAAUAGGUUGCUGGUGAUUCUAUUGAUGACAGUCUACCAUGACUUAACAGGUGAGACAGGAGGUGUCCAGGCCUGGACAUACAACUACAGCGUCAACCAGAAUCUGGACUGGGAUUCGGCCCGCCAGUGGUGCAGGCAGCACUACACAGACAUGGUGGCCAUCCAGAACCAGGAGGAGAUCGUCUAUCUCAACACCAUGCUCCCUAGGAACUCACAAUACUACUGGAUCGGCCUCCGCAAGGUGAAUGAGAUGUGGACCUGGAUGGGGACUAACAAGACCCUGACCAAAGAGGCGGAGAACUGGGCCACCGGGGAGCCCAACAACGUAGGGGACGGACAGGACUGCGUGGAGAUCUACAUCAAAAGAGGAAAGGAUGCAGCCAAGUGGAACGAUGAGAGAUGCACAAAAAAGAAGGGGGCCCUCUGCUACACAGCGUCUUGCUCAGAGCAUUGCUGCAGCACCCAUGCAGAGUGUUUAGAGAACAUAGGGAACUACACCUGCCAGUGUGACCCUGGCUUCAAGGGCCCCCGGUGCCAGCAAGCCGUAGCGUGUGACACUGUGUCGGACCCAGACCAGGGUUCAGUGAACUGUGACCAUCCACAUGGGCUGUUUGCCUUCAACUCCUCUUGCCAGUUCCACUGUGCCCGAGGAUACCAGCUGCUGGGGGCAUCACAACUGCUCUGCCAGGCCACGGGGUUCUGGGACCACCCUGCCGCUCAGUGCCAAGUCAAACAGUGUCCAUCGCUGGACAGUGGUCCUCAUAGAGGGACUAUGAACUGCAGUAACCCCAUCGCCCUGCACAGUUAUAACUCCGCCUGUGAAUUCAGCUGUGAUUUGGGGUUUGACCUAAUAGGACCAGACAGGAUUCAGUGUGACCACACAGGGCAGUGGACAGGCAACGUCUCUACCUGCACAGUGGUAAGGUGUGGCCCCCUGUCCCCUCCUGCCAUGGGGAACAUGUCCUGUGUGGACCCCCUGGGGGCUUCCUCCUUCACCUCCUCCUGUGGGUUCUCCUGUGAGGAGGGCUACUUGCUGAGAGGAGACACCAACCUCACCUGUUUAUCUACUGGACAAUGGACCAACCACACACCUGCAUGUGAACCUCUGCAGUGCGACAUCUUAACCUCUCCCCCGCAUGGCUCGAUGAACUGCUCUGACCUCCAUGGUCAGUUCCACUACGGGUCCCAGUGUCUGUUCUCCUGUGAGGAGGGGUUCCUGCUGAACGGGUUGGCUGAUACAGAGUGCACCUCCCUGGGCACAUGGAGCAGGAGAGCCCCCCUCUGUCUGGCUCUGCAGUGUGACGCUUUAACCUCUCCCCCGCACGGCUCCAUGAACUGCUCUGACCUCCAUGGUCAGUUCCACUACGGGUCCCAGUGUCUGUUCUCCUGUGAGGAGGGGUUCCUGCUGAACGGGUUGGCUGAUACAGAGUGCACCUCCCUGGGCACAUGGAGCAGGAGAGCCCCCCUCUGUCUGGUGGUAAGGUGUGGCCCCCUGUCCCCUCCUGCCAUGGGGAACAUGUCCUGUGUGGACCCCCUGGGGACUUCCUCCUUCACCUCCUCCUGUGGGUUCUCCUGUGAGGAGGGCUACCUGCUGAGAGGAGACACCAACCUCACCUGUUUAUCUACUGGACAAUGGACCAACCACACACCUGCAUGUGAACCUCAGCAGUGCGACUCUUUAACCUCUCCCCCGCAUGGCUCCAUGAACUGCUCUGACCUCCAUGGUCAGUUCCACUACGGGUCCCAGUGUCUGUUCUCCUGUGAGGAGGGGUUCCUGCUGAACGGGUUGGCUGAUACAGAGUGCACCUCCCUGGGCACAUGGAGCAGGAGAGCCCCCCUCUGUCUGGUGGUAAGGUGUGGCCCCCUGUCCCCUCCUGCCAUGGGGAACAUGUCCUGUGUGGACCCCCUGGGGGCUUCCUCCUUCACCUCCUCCUGUGGGUUCUCCUGUGAGGAGGGCUACCUGCUGAGAGGAGACACCAACCUCACCUGUUUAUCUACUGGACAAUGGACCAACCACACACCUGCAUGUGAACCUCUGCAGUGCGACUCUUUAACCUCUCCCCCGCAUGGCUCCAUGAACUGCUCUGACCUCCAUGGUCAGUUCCACUACGGGUCCCAGUGUCUGUUCUCCUGUGAGGAGGGGUUCCUGCUGAACGGGUUGGCUGAUACAGAGUGCACCUCCCUGGGCACAUGGAGCAGGAGAGCCCCCCUCUGUCUGGUGGUAAGGUGUGGCCCCCUGUCCCCUCCUGCCAUGGGGAACAUGUCCUGUGUGGACCCCCUGGGGGCUUCCUCCUUCACCUCCUCCUGUGGGUUCUCCUGUGAGGAGGGCUACCUGCUGAGAGGAGACACCAACCUCACCUGUUUAUCUACUGGACAAUGGACCAACCACACACCUGCAUGUGAACCUCUGCAGUGCGACUCUUUAACCUCUCCCCCGCAUGGCUCCAUGAACUGCUCUGACCUCCAUGGUCAGUUCCACUACGGGUCCCAGUGUCUGUUCUCCUGUGAGGAGGGGUUCCUGCUGAACGGGUUGGCUGAUACAGAGUGCACCUCCCUGGGCACAUGGAGCAGGAGAGCCCCCCUCUGUCUGGUGGUAAGGUGUGGCCCCCUGUCCCCUCCUGCCAUGGGGAACAUGUCCUGUGUGGACCCCCUGGGGGCUUCCUCCUUCACCUCCUCCUGUGGGUUCUCCUGUGAGGAGGGCUACCUGCUGAGAGGAGACACCAACCUCACCUGUUUAUCUACUGGACAAUGGACCAACCACACACCUGCAUGUGAACCUCAGCAGUGCGACUCUUUAACCUCUCCCCCGCAUGGCUCCAUGAACUGCUCUGACCUCCAUGGUCAGUUCCACUAUGGGUCCCAGUGUCUGUUCUCCUGUGAGGAGGGGUUCCUGCUGAACGGGUUAGCUGAUACAGAGUGCACCUCCCUGGGCACAUGGAGCAGGAGAGCCCCCCUCUGUCUGGUGGUCCAGUGUGAGAACCUAUUGCCCCGACUGCCAUCUCCACCACCCACUCCAACCUCAACUCCACCACCAACUCGGGGACCCUUCGUGAACUGCUCACACUCCCUCGGGGAGUUUAGCUUCAGCUCACUGUGCCUCUUCACCUGCAGCAAAGGCUACUAUCUGAACGGAACAGAAGAGCUGUCCUGCACCUCAGAGGGACAAUGGAGUGACCUCGUGCCCUUUUGCCAAAGAAACAUCACCUCUGUCCAAGAGUCUUCUAAGAUGUUGGCCUAUGCAGUGGUGGGAGCUGCCUCUGCUGCUGGGCUGUUACUACUGCUGGGACUGGGCAUGCUGGUCGCAAAGAAGCUCAGGAAGAAAGGUGACUUCAACUUUGACAACUCGUUAUGGGAGGAAAGAGAGAACCCUGCUUUUGAGAUUUCUUAAAAAAGAAUGUGCUUAAUGACAUUGUACUGUAAAACAAGGUUUUGCAUAACGAGUUGGAUAUUGGAUUAAACAAGUUCAUUGUUUUCAAUGUA